AUGGCACACCACAGUGGACCUCCAAAAAGAAAAGAAAUCUAUAAGUAUGAAGCACCAUGGUCUCUAUACAGCAUGAAUUGGUCUGUGAGGCCAGAUAAAAGGUUUCGACUUGCUCUGGGCAGCUUUGUUGAAGAGUACAAUAACAAAGUGCAAAUUGUAUCGCUCGAUGAGGAUACUUCUGAGUUUGUAGCAAGAAGUACCUUCGAUCAUCCAUAUCCUACCACAAAAAUUAUGUGGAUUCCUGAUAGUAAAGGACUAUUUCCUGAUCUCUUGGCUACCUCUGGUGACUAUCUAAGAGUAUGGAGAGCAGGUGAACCGGAAACACGGAUGGAAUGUGUACUAAACAAUAAUAAAAACUCAGAUUUCUGUGCACCUCUCACUUCCUUUGAUUGGAAUGAGGUGGAUCCAAAUUUGGUAGGAACAUCGAGUAUCGACACAACUUGUACUAUUUGGGGUCUUGAGACAGGUCAAGUAAUUGGUCGAGUGAAUCUUGUUUCAGGACACGUGAAAACACAGUUAAAUUGA